AUGGUCACUCGAAACUGUCUCACAUACUCUCCAAUUAAGGGCUUCUCCCCUGCCCCUACAUAUAAUUAUGGAUCUCGAGAAAAAGAAUAUCAUAUUCUUACAAAGAUGUUUCUUCUAGUCGUACUCUCUUGCAUUGUCUUGGCACAUGCCAAGCCUUCUGCACCUAUUCUCCAUCCUCAUAAUCCUCAACCUUACAAUUUCGGAUACUCUGUUAAGGAUCAUUUUAGUGAACAGCACAGGCAUGAAACUGGCAACGGUCUCGGGGCUGUAGUGGGAAACUAUGGUUUCACAGACGCAAGAGGAAUUGCCCGUCAGGUCAACUAUGUUGCUGACCACGCAGGAUUCAGAGCUCAGGUCAAGACCAACGAACCAGGUACUGCCAAUCAAAAUCCUGCUGCUGUUCACAUGAUUUCUCACCAGCCUGCUGUUGUGAAAGUAGUUGAACCUUUACCUGUUCAUCCUGUGGGAGUGGCUCCUAUCCCAGCUGUCCAUGGUUUGGAUACUGAAUUUGUUUUCUAA